UACAUCUGCACGCAGCCUGGUUCACAUGUUCGACGCCUUCCUUUUCAAUGGCUUUAGAAGUUAGCACAGGAACUUGUGACCUCUGCGGCGCUAUAAGCGACGCCACGGUUCAAGAAUGCAAUAUCCUUGCGUGCACGUUCCAGCACUGCGAGGGCGGCCUGUACCAUCAAGAGUGCUUGGAAAAGUACCUCAAGGCCAACAAGCUCGAAAAGAACCGCAAAACGGGUUUCAAGUGCCCGCGAGGAUGCGGGAAAGGCACGAAGUGGCCGGAGCCGUGCCCGGGGCGGAUCGACAAAUCACAUCCAAUACACCCACGCAACGAGGACAAAAAGAAGACAAAGCUAGCGGCUGUUGUCGUGGAGCCUCAACGGCCAGGAAAGGCUGCGGCACCUGCAGCAGCCAACGGCAAGCCGGGCAAGGGGAAAGAAGAGGCGAAAGCGGAUGCGGGCAAGGACGCCAAAGGCGCUGCCGCCAAGGCUGCGCCCGCGGCAACGAAAGCGGCUCCGGCGGCCGCGGCUGCAGCGCCAGCGGCGAAGACCCUCGUGGUCAAGAAGGAGCCCGCGGUGCUGCCGCCGCGGCCAGAGGUGGUGGCGAAGCAGAAGCUGGCGGAGCAGGUGGCGCUGGCGCGGCGUGAGCUUGGCCUGGGGGGUUCCGCCAUGCCCAGCACCGGGUCAAAGGGAGACCUGCAGGGUAUGGUGGGGGCAGGGGCAACAAAAGCAUCUGCUGCCGCCAGCACCUCCGCCGCGUCGGCGUGGGGCAAGCCCACGGCGCCGCCGCCGGAGCCGGUCAGCCUGCAGCCCACCACGCUAGCACAGCUGCCGCAGUUCCACCAGCUCUUGCAGCAGGCGGUCAACAAGAAGACCGCGGCAGCAGCGAAAACGGCGGCACCAGCAGCGGCGCCGGCACCAGCGCCGACGGCCGCCAAGCCGGCGCCGGCUGUGCCACAACCAGUGCUGAACCCGCCCACGCCCGUGUGGCCUGCGCUGGGCGCUGUACAAACAUCUGCAGCGGCGCUGCUGUCUUCGGCAUCGCUAUCCACACAACAGACGCCGCGGGAGGGCUCGGCACGACCCGCAUCGCCUCCGUCGGCUUGGGGGCAAGCCGCGGCGCCGGUGCCAGCCACGCCAGUUGCAGCUGCAGCGGCUGCAACGCCAGCUCCGGCGCAAGUCACGUCAGCCAGCAACUCCCCAUCGCUACCAAUGCCGCCGGCGGGGUCAGCUCGGUCCGGCACCACCACGCCUACGCCCGCACCAGCGCCCGCAGCGCAGCCAGCAGCAACGGCUACGACAGCCAGCUCAGCGGCGACGACGACGCAAGCGGGGCUAGCAGCUGGUGUGGCGGGGUCGGGCCUGCAAACGUCAACCAGCGGCCGCUCGCUGGCAUCGUCAGAUCAGGCCAGCACCAGUACGGUGGCGACCACGACCCCGGCGGCAGCGGCGGCGGCGGCACUGCAGCGGGGGCAAGCGCUGGUGGGAGCGGAGUACGCGGACGAGGAGGUAAAGGAGACGAAGCUUACGAAAGCGCAGAAGAAGAACCUCAAACGCUCAGAAAAGAAGAAGCUGGAGAGCGGUCCCGAGGGCGAAGAGGGCGCAGCCGGCGAGGGCGAGGGUGCGGCUGCGGCUGCCACUGCCGCCGGGAGCGGCUCAGAUCCGCGGCAAGCUGUCACCAGCACCUCCGCGGCUGCUGCUGCCACCAGGCGUAGCGGCGGCGGUGCGGCCUCCGGCUCCGCCUCUGCCUCGCACCAGCGCGUGGCGUCGCGCGGCUCUGAUGACCCCGACCAGGCCGCCGACGCCGAGGCAGCGGCUGUGAUGGAGGAGCUGUGCAUCAACAGCAUCGUGGCGCGCAAGGUGCUGGCGCUCAUAACGCAGCUGCAGCGGCUGGGCGCGCCGGAGUUUGUGGCGGCCGCGGCGGUGCAGCGGUACGGCAGCAACGUCAUGUCGGCGCUGGAGUGGCUGCUGGUGGCGGGCGCAGAUGCGGCAGCCAGCUCGCCAGAGGUGGUGCUGGCGGCUGCGGCGGAGAGCCCCAGCGCGGCGGCCUCUGAGGUGGACAUCUCCGAGGAGCUGCAGCAGCUCAGCGACCUGCAGGCUGCCAUGGGCGUGCCUACGGAGCUGCUGCAGCAGUGCAUGGUGGACUGCAAUGGCGAUGUGCAGGCCGCCGCCAACGUCGCGCUGGAGCGCCUGCUGGCGGCGCCGUCCGGCUCCGCAGCCUCGCUGCGCGGCGCCGCCGGCAACAGCCGCAGCGGCUCGCCGGCGGUGCGCGGCAGCGGCAGUGGCGCGAUGCAGCUGCAGCCCUCGGCGUCCUUCUAUUCGGUCAGCUCGCUGGACGGCAGCGCGGCGGAGGCGGCGGCGUCGGCCGCUGCAGCGUCUGCCAAGCCGCGCUCGCACUUCGGCGUGCGGCUGCAGGACGACCCCGUCGAGGGCGACGGCGGCGCUGGUGCCACUGCUGGCGGCGGGCUGGGCGGAUACGGCGACUAUGCGUCGGGGCUGCUGCGGGGCAGCGUGGUGCUGGGGGCGUCAGGCUGGGCCAAUGGCUACGGCAGCACCGCGUCCCCCGGCGCCGGCGCGACCGCCUCGGCCGCCGGCAACGGUGCCGUCGCCGGCAGCCGGCUAUCCCGCUGGCUGCGCGACGAGUCGGGCCACGGCGCGGGCCAGGACGAGGAGGCCGCCGCUGCGGGCCCCUCCAGCAGCCGCCUGCGCAACGGGCUGUUGUCGCCCACGGACCCGGUGCUGGAGUCGCCCUUCGCCUCGCACAGCGACAUGGCGCGCGGCCUGGCGGCCUCCGGCAAGGCCGCCACCAGCGAGACGCCCUCGCUGGGCUCCUGGCUGAGCAGCAACGGCUACCACCACAGCAUGGGCCUGGGCCACGGCGGCCAGCCCAGCGGCACCGGCCACUUCAGCUUCGUGUCGGCCAUGAGCAAGCCCACGGCGUCCAUGGCGGCGGGCGGCGGCGGCGGCGGCGGCCUGGAGCCGCUGGCCGAGUACGGCAGCCGCUGGAGCAGCAGCCUGGCCACGCCGGCGCACCCCAUGCCGCCGCCAGGGUUUGGCGGGCGCGGCGGCGGCGCAGCGGAGGCGGAGGCGGUGCAGCACGGCGACAUAGGGGGCGAGGGCGACCUGGCGUCCAUCAUGGGCCUCAUCAAUGGCAAAUAACUGACCAGGACAUGAUGACGAUGCUGAUGCUGAUGACAUGAUGAUGACAACGUCCGCCGGGCCUUGCAGAGGCCUGUGGGGGCGGCGCCGGCGAGGCGUGGGGCAGCUGGCCGGCGAGGCGCCACUCGCAGCAAUGAUCGCGAGAGCCAUUCGCAGUGGCAGUGUUUACAUCGUAGCGCGUGUUCGCAUUGGUGUGCGUUUGUGUGUAAGUGUAUGUGGGCGCGUGUGUGUAGGUCUAGCAUGCGCUGACGGGCCUUUGACUGGUGGGAGGUGGAACAGCGGUCUCAUAGCGACAUGGCCCCCAUACGGCAUGGCCAGUGUAAACUGUUUUACGUGUUUGGUUUUACGUAGUGUGUAGAGCGAAGCUGGGUGACACCUGAAACCUGAAGCGUGCGGUUUGGUGGGCCGCUGCUUGGUUUGGCUCAAAUUCGGCGCUCUAGCGACUGUGCGGGGGUAUGAGGUCAGCUCAGAUUAUGCGUCAGAGGGGCUUCAAAAGAAAUGACGCACACAAGUGUCGCAACCCAGUUCUUGGGAUUGCAUGAGUACGAGAGUGCUUACGGAGUGUGAGAGGGCACCUAUUGAGGGCUGUCACGCAGGAGUUCCACGCCCCGAAAACCAUAGCAGCAGCGGUUGCAGGCCACGGCCUAGGCCGCGGGUCGCAAGCACACAGCGAGAAGGUGGUGUCAGGUGGAGAGCCGUAUGUGCAGUAGCUGAGGCCUCCCGUUAGCGCGGUGAUCGGCGUCAAUGACGUGCACAACGAGUCAAGGAGGCGCUGCCGCUUUGUUUCAGGCGGCGGUGCUGAGGAAGACGCAGCUUUGUCCACGGCUGCGCAGGAUAUAGAGGGAUAAAUGUCCGCCGACCACCAGGAAAGUGGGUUUCCGCGUGGGUGUCGCGGUAUGUGUGCUGUGGAUUGCGCGUUUUUACUUGCCAGGCUCUGGUGCUGCUUAUGGGAGAUGUGGGCUGCUGCGUUUGGGCUGUGUGCGUGUUGCGUGUCCCUAGGGAUGGACGUAUUGACGAAACGAGUUAGCGAUGAAGAAGUAGUAGCGCCUGCGUGCUGCGGCUGGGCAUGCACUGGUGCCGCCGGGAGACAGUCACACCCCCAACUGUCUGCCGGCGAGCAAGCAAGUGUGUGCGGCCGGGUGGCGCGGAGCACACCAGUAGAGGAGGAUUCACGUUCCGUGCAUGAACCACUUAUAUUUGUAGCGGUUGUGAAACUGAACCCUGACUGUGCACAUGCCUCCGUCACGGCGUCCCGUGCUCGCGUGUGUCCGGAUCCGGAAUGCAGCCGUCGAGGUGCCGCUGAUGACUGCCAGCUGCUAUGCCAACCGCAGGUCAGGGCAGCUUCAGCCGCGCGAUGUCUUGUGCACGUCUGACAGUAACAGGUCUCUGGACUGGGAAGACUGUGCAUUAUGGUAAUAAGAUCAAGG